AUGCUCUCCUUCCUUCCCCCAUCCCUCCUCCACCAACCCCGACAAACCGCUGUCCAAGUCCUGAAUUUUGCCCUCGUCCUCAGCACCGCCUUCAUGCUCUGGAAGACCCUCUCCGUCCUCUCCAAUUCUUCCUCGCCUAUCGUCGUCGUGCUAUCCGGCAGCAUGGAACCCGCUUUUCAGCGGGGAGAUCUCCUCUUCCUUUGGAAUCGGGACCACACGGCCGAGGUUGGUGAGAUCGUGGUCUACAAAGUUAAGGGCAAGGACAUACCCAUCGUGCAUAGGGUUGUGAGGAGUUUUCAUACGGUUUCUGGGAAUCCUUUGGUACAGGGCAAAAGCAAAUCAGAGAAAGUAGGGGCUGCCGAUACGGCGCCCAAGGCUCAACUUCUUACAAAAGGCGACAACAACAUCGCGGACGAUACGGAGCUCUAUGCCCGUGGGCAGAGCUAUCUGGAUAGGGAAGAGGAUAUCAUUGGUAGUGUGAGGGGAUAUGUGCCGGCUGUGGGAUAUGUGACCAUCAUGUUGAGCGAGCAUCCGUGGCUGAAGACCGUCAUGAUGGGAAUUAUGGGAGUGAUGGUUGUGCUGCAGAGGGAGUGA